AUGUCAACUCGAAAAAGAACAAGUCUUUCUGCUGCCCAAAAACGUGAACUUUGUGAGGCGAAAAAAAAUAAUCCAAGUUUAAGCAAUGUAGAACUUGCCAGACAAUACAAUAUUGGGAAAGCAACAGUGACUGAUAUCUUAAGUGAGAAAGAACGUUGGCUUGCUAUUACAAUUGAACAAGAUAAUUUGAAAAAAUUUCGUGGACCUAA